AUGGGUGAUUUUUAAGGUGAAUAUAUUCAGUAGUUUCUUUGUAAUAUCAAUUUAAGAAAAAAGAUUAAAGAACUACUUAAAGAGAAAACAGAAAUACUCCAAAAACUAGAGCAAUUAGAAAAAGAAGGAGAAAAUUAGUCAUUUGAAGAAAGGAAAAAAAGAUUGAGAAGUCUGGCCAGUCAAAUUGAACGUAAUUUUUAAUGCCCAUUAUCAAAAUGUGGUAAGAAAUACGGAAGUGAAGGCUCAUUAAACUAACAUAUAAAACUUAAGCAUCCUGAAUUAGUCAAUAAAGCUUGA